CUCUACCUUUUCUACUUACCGUUGAUCAAGGCGUGAAUAACGUCUUCAAUCGCCUUGUUCUUGCAUUCUCACAUCAUGUCGCUCGAGACGUACUGGAAACAACGGGAACAGCUCAUCCGCGAGGAUCGCGCGCAACGCGUCGAUACGGCCAGAAUCCAGUCUCUGACAGAGCUCGAGAAGAGAGCGGAUCGCAUUGUGCGCGACGUACGUUCUGCCGAGGCGAAGUCGAUUUGGGCCAUGGACAGCCAGUCGAUAUUCGAUUACAAUCCAGAGGAUGCCACGCCCAAUGUCUUCCCGGGAAUGGCAUUCUUGACAGCCCGAGAGACGGUGAUGAAAACGAGACUGUUUCAGAUUCUGAGCAAGAUGCCCAAAGGCGCCCUUCUACACAUCCAUCUCGAUGCCACCGUCAAUGCUCAGGUCUUGCUUAACCUCGCCGCUGCUCAGCCCAACAUGCACGUCCGUGCGUCAGCCCGCCUGACCAUUCGCAACGUCAAAGCUAUACUCCCGGAGUUCAGAGCACUUCCACAGAGUGAAUUCACUGAUCGGACUAGCUUGACGGAUGCAUCGUAUACAGGGAAUGAGUGGAUUCCGCUUCAUAAGGCUCGCAAGACGUUCGAUGAAACACUCGGCGGUGCCGAUGGUUUCGAUAGCUGGUGUAUCAGCGCCCUCAUGAUUAACCCUUCUGAAGCCUACGGCACUCAUGACAUGCCAACGAAGAUUUGGGCGAAGUUCUCCAAUAUAUUCCGCAUAUCUCAUCCAUUGGUGUAUUACGCGCCAAUAUUCGAAGAAUACAUACGUCUGUUCCUACUUUCUUCUGUAGAGGAUGGCAUUUCCUUUCUUGAACCUCGAAUCAACUUCUUCCACAAGACCAUGGCCGGAGCAGACGGUACAGAGAACAUCUCGCAUCGAGAGUGGUUCGUGAUCUUUGAAAAUGUCGUGAAUGGCGUCAAAAAAGAAUUACGACAACAAGGACGGGAGAACGAGUUCACCGGUGCCAAGAUCAUAUAUACCACGGUGCGGCUCGUCGCGCCGGAGGAUCUCGAAUGGUACCUUGAAGACUGUCUACAGCUGAAGAAGGAGUUUCCCCAUCUACUUGCAGGCUUCGACCUCGUCGGUCACGAGGACUCCUUGCGUCCGCUCAUAGACUAUAUCGAGCCUCUCACUAGAUUUGUCGAACGCCAAAAGGAACUCGGGAUUGACGUGCCUUUCAUCUUGCAUGCAGGCGAGACGCUCGGUGACGGCAAUGCACCAGAUAUGAACUUGUACGAUGCUAUUCUCCUUGGUACCAAACGGAUUGGACAUGGGUUUUCACUUGUUAAGCACCCCAAGCUCAUGGAUAUUUGCAAGGAGAGGGAUAUUGCCGUGGAAGUGUGUCCUAUCUCCAAUGAGAUUCUGCGUCUGACAUCGUCCAUGCCCACACAUCCGCUACCGAUACUCGUGAACCACGGCGUGCACGUCGCCUUGUGUUCUGACGAUCCUGCGAUCUUCGGAAACAUGGGAUUAUCGUUCGACUUCUUCCAGGUACUGGUUGCGAGUGAGGUCACCGGGUUAAUGACCCUUGGCGAGUUCGCUCGUGACAGUAUUAAGUACUCGUCUCUAGACGAUGCAGAGAAGGUACACGCCCUCGCACUCUGGGAAGAGCGCUGGCAGCCAUUCCUCCGAUGGGUGGUGCAGGAACAAAUGACAAGCAACUAAUGUUUGCACAAUGUGGCACGUACUCGUCGGCUAUUAUCUUUUGGAUGGAAUUUAGAUCAAUCAAAUUCAUGAUGAUUCUAUCGCUAAAAUGCCCGAGAAGCAUGGUAUCGUCGGAAUAAUGUGGUGGAUGCAUGUGUUUAAAUGGAUAGGUGCCAUCACUGGCUAGCUCUCCAGUGUCUAUAGGCCUGGUUUGGAGAUAUGCGAUGCCGCCGUCCUAGAUCCUUGAGACAGUUAUGGUACCCGACAAUGUGAUCGCAACUGCAAGAAUUUUCGAUGCUCAGAGCUAGUUCGAUGCAGAGCAUCCCUCCAGUGGCAUUUAUGAUCAGCAUCAUUGAUA